GCGGUGUGUGAGGGAAGCCCCGCGUGAACACGGCCGCCAUUUUGGUGUCUGAUGACCAGCAGCCGCGGCGGUGCGGAGUCUGCAGACUCUCUCUCUCUCUCUCCUUUUAAUAUUUAACCACAUUCUCCCCCUUUCCCUCUGAAUUACACUCAUCUGGCCUUCGCACCUUAUCGUCCAGCACCGCAGGAUUUGUGACGUCAUGGCAUCGGAUCACGUGAACGGGAACGGCACGGAGGAGCCCAUGGACACGUCGUCCGCCGCCACACACUCAGAGAACUUCCAGUCUUUACUACAGGCCGGGUUACCACAGAAAGUCGCCGAGAAACUCGACGAAAUCUACAUCGCAGGCCUAGUAGCACACAGUGACCUGGACGAGAGAGCUAUUGAAGCUCUGAAAGAGUUUAAUGAAGAGGGAGCGCUCCAGGUUCUGCAGCAGUUUAAAGAGAGCGACCUGUCUCACGUGCAAAAUAAAAGUGCCUUCCUGUGUGGCGUGAUGAAGACGUACAGGCAGAGAGAGAAACAGGGGACCAAAGUUACCGAAUCCAGCAAAGGACCAGACGAAACCAAAAUCAAAGCUCUGCUCGAGAGAACCGGCUACACACUCGACGUCACCACAGGACAGAGGAAGUACGGAGGACCGCCACCAGAGUGUGUGUACACAGGCCCUCAGCCCUCCAUCGGCACAGAGAUCUUCGUGGGGAAGAUCCCGCGGGAUCUGUUUGAGGAUGAGCUGGUGCCACUGUUUGAGAAGGCGGGGCAGAUUUGGGAUCUGCGGCUGAUGAUGGAUCCUCUGAGUGGCCUGAACCGAGGAUACGCCUUCAUCACGUUCUGCACUAAAGAGGCUGCGCAGGAGGCCGUAAAGCUGUAUAACAAUCGCGAGAUCCGCCCAGGGAAACACAUCGGUGUGUGUAUAUCGGUGGCCAACAACCGCCUGUUUGUGGGUUCCAUCCCCAAGAGCAAGACAAAAGAACAGAUCCUUGAGGAAUUCGCCAAAGUCACAGAGGGUCUGAACGACGUGAUCCUGUACACCCAGCCGGACGACAAGAAGAAGAACCGCGGGUUCUGUUUCCUGGAGUACGAGGACCAUAAAUCGGCGGCUCAGGCUCGGCGCAGGCUGAUGAGCGGGAAGGUGAAGGUGUGGGGGACGCUGGUGACGGUGGAGUGGGCCGACCCCAUCGAGGACCCCGACCCUGAGAUCAUGGCCAAGGUGAAGGUGCUGUUUGUGAGGAACCUGGCGAACAGCGUGACUGAGGACAUCCUGGAGAAGGCGUUCGGUCAGUUUGGGAAGCUGGAGCGGGUGAAGAAGCUGAAAGACUACGCCUUCGUCCACUUUGAAGACCGGGAUGGUGCCGUGAAGGCGCUGGAUGAGAUGAACGGGAAGGAGCUGGAGGGUGAAAUGGUAGAGAUCGUGUUUGCGAAGCCUCCUGAUCAGAAGAGGAAAGAACGCAAAGCACAGAGACAAGCAGCCAAAACGCAAAUGUAUGAUGAGUAUUACUACUACGGCCCCCCUCACGUGCCUCCACCCCCUCCCAGAGGGCGUGGCAGGGGCGGAGCCCGAGGCGGCUAUUCAUACCCUCCUGAUUAUUACGGUUAUGAAGAUUACUACGACUACUAUGGUUACGAUUACCAUGGUUACCGCGGCGGCUACGAAGAGCCCUACUACGGCUACGACGAGUUCCAGGGGCGGAGCCAGCGUGGACCACGGGGCGGACCCAGAGGGGGCCGUGGGGCGGGGCCUCCACGAGGCAGGGCUGGCUUUCCCCAGCGUGGAGGCGCAGGAGCGGCCGGAGGAGGCGGAGCAAGGAGGAGAGGAGGCGGGGUUCGAGGGGUACGUGGCCGCGGUGGGAAUGUAGGAGGCAAACGCAAAGCCGAUGGCUACAGCCAGCCCGAUUCCAAACGCCGGCAGAUUAAUAAUAAUAAUUAUAACAGUAAUCAGAACUGGGGCUCGCAGCCGAUCGCGCAGCAGCCGCUGCACGGUGCCGAUAGUUACGGCUACAAAUCUGACCAGGAGUUUUAUCAGGAUUCGUUUGGCCAGCAGUGGAAGUAGACCAAACGUAGGGCUUUGCUUUUGGUUUUAUUUUUUUCUCUCUUUUUUUGAUUGGGCUCCAUAUAAAACAUGUCAAGCUUUCAAAACAUGCUUCUUCUUGUACAUAUUUUUUUAAAGCUCCACUUGGACUUCCUGUCACACUCCUUCCACACACUGGGUUAUGUUUUAUUUUGUAAUUUGUUUUACAAUCAAGUCCUACCUUUUAAUCAAAUUUGGAGGAAAAAAAAAGAUAUAAACCUAUAAUACAAUGUGCUGCAUCUUGUCUAUUGGCUAUUUCAUGUAUGUUUCUAUAGCAGGUUUUUGGUCUUCAUGUUUUAAGUAGGAACACAAACGAGAAAAAAAACAAAAGAUGCAAACCAAAAGAAAACAAAAAAUUUGCUCUUUGUAUGUUAAUGCUAGUAAAAUUAGCGUGUCUUGUUUUCUUUACAUUUUGGCUUGUAAUCCUUUUGCUGUCUGUCUGCUGCUCUAAAUAAAAACAUACACGCAUAACCGUGUACAAAACUCAACCAAAA